CGACUAUGAGAGAGAGAGAGAGAGAGGGGAAGGAGGGUUUAAUUGAAUAUUUUUCUUGUUUUGCGUAAUUGAUACACAGACACAUCUUUAAUGGCUUCCCCACUAACUUCUUCUUCUUCGUUCGCACCCUAAAAUCUACCUCCGUGUGUUAAACCCUUUCGUUGAUGCUUCGGAGGAUAGCAAUGUGCUGGCGAAGAGUCGCCAAGUCCGUACAGGCCCUCGCUGCUCACACCUUCCUCUUCUGUUUCACUCUCUUCCUCGUUCUCAAGCUCGAUCACCUCCUCUCCUACUCUUGGUGGGUCAUUUUCUUCCCACUUUGGCUUUUUCAUGCAGUUGUUGCCCGAGGAAGGUUCUCUUUACCUGCGCCAUCUGUUCCCCAUGGUCGUAAUUGGGCACCAUGUCAUACCAUCAUUGCAACGCCAUUGCUUAUUGCAUUUGAACUGCUCCUCUGUAUAUAUCUUGAGAGCAUCUAUGCUGUAAACUUGAAGAUUGUCUUCCUUCCGUUGCUGGCAUUUGAAAUAACCAUCCUAGUGGACAAUUUCAGAAUGUGUAAGGCUCUAUUGCCUGGAGAUGAUGAAAGCAUGAGUGGUGAAGCAAUAUGGGAGACACUUCCUGUAAUUGGACCCUCGCUCUCUCAAGUGUUUUUUAUCGCUGCAACAUUAUUCACCCUCCUUAAGCUGUGUGGUGAUGUGAAUGCUCUAGGCUGGUGGGAUUUAUUUAUAAAUUUUAGUGUUGCAGAGUGUUUUGCGUUUCUUGUUUGUACAAAGUGGUCUAAUCCAGUUAUUCAUAGAAACUCUCAUACACAAGAAGCUAGCUCGUCUUCUACAGCUAUAAGAUAUCUUGACUGGAACAAUGGUUUAGUGGUUUCUUCAGAGGAUCAGUCCCAGGAUAGAAUGUGCGGUCUGCAAGAUAUUGGAGGCCAUAUUAUGAAAGUUCCAUUAGUUGGUUUCCAAGUCCUUCUUUUUAUGUACUUGGAGGGGACGCCUGCUGGUGUUAAAAACAUCCCACUUCCAGUUCUUUUCUCUCCUCUUUUUGUGUUGCAAGGUGCUGGCGUCCUGUUUGCUGCAUCUAGAUUGGUGGAGAAAAUCGUUGUUUUACUGCAUAGUGGUGUUGGCACAGGAGGAUAUUUUAUGUUGUCUUCAAAAGUACGGGAGUGCUUUGGGUACUUGCAUCAUGGCUCUAGGCUGCUUGGUUGGUGGUCAAUUGAUGGUGGGAGUCGAGAAGAACGAACUCGACUUUUCCAAGGUGGGACCUCUGGUUAUAACACCUUUUGCGGUUAUCCUCCUGAAAUAGUGAAGAAAAUGCCUAGGAAGUAUCUGGCAGAGGAGGUUUGGAGACUUCAAGCUGCUCUUGGUGAGCAAACAGAAAUCACAAAAUUUAGCCAGCAGGAGUAUGAAAGGCUUCAAAAUGAAAAAGUUUUAUGCAGGGUUUGCUUUGAACGAGAGAUCAGUGUAGUCCUACUUCCCUGUAGGCAUCGCAUCCUUUGCAGCACUUGCAGUGAGAAGUGUAAGAAAUGCCCAAUUUGCCGUGUCUCUGUUGAGAAACACUUACCUGUAUAUGAUGUAUAGUACCCAAACGUU